UGCCAUCUUGAGCAAGUAAGUGCCGAAGAUUACUUUCCCGUUGCAUAUCACUGCUUAUAGUAAUUUAUCAUUUGUGGUCACCCCGAGUUAAUUUAAUAUGUGCCGCCGAUGCUCCCCGAUGAUGCCGUUAUGUCUCUUGGCAGUAACUAGGAUGCCCGGCCAACUGCCGUGCCCACGUCACCCGCUGUGCUUUGUCGGUAUUGACCUGUAAGCACUCGGCAGCUCCUGCUGAACGUUGUCGUAGGCACACAAGACACACACUCACCAAAGAAAGGCACUUCCUGUCAAGAAAGGAGCAAGGCAGCAUACUCGAAACUACACCACAGCUAGAUACUAACAACAGCCCAAGGUAGCGCCAAGCAAAAGUGAUGGCUGCCAACCAUGAUAGAAAGAAUGAUGACUGCUACUUUUACUUUUACUCGACGUGCACCAAGGGGGAUGACUGUCCCUUCCGGCACUGCGAAGCAGCUCUGGGCACAGAAACGGUGUGCCCAGCCUGGAAGGAAGGCAACUGCAUGAAGAAGUCGUGCAAGUUUAGGCAUAUGGAGAGCAGGAAGAACCGGUCACAAAUCCCAUGUUACUGGGAGAACCAGCCAUCUGGAUGUCGCAAGCCCCACUGCGUUUUCCUGCACAGCCGGCCCCGUGCUGCGAUCCCAGAUGUGCUAGGCGCCCAACGGGCUCCGGGCUGCACAGCAGACUUCCCAUCCACCAUCUACUACUCAGGUGCAACUACAGGAAGUGCUCGCACCAACACACCAACAGUGAUCCUGCCUGUGCCUGCGGCCCCUGUGGUAGCCCCCGAGGCAGCUACCCUGGUGGUGGCCCCCGGGGCUAAGCAGCCUGACCUGACCGCCACCCUGCCCCAAGCCAUUGAACCAGUGGUCGUCAACUUCGAUGAAGAGUCUGACAAUGAGAGCACCUUUGGAACGCCGCAGAAGAGUCGCACUUCGCCUUCGUCGCGCUGCGAACAAACUGGAGACCGAAGUCCGAGUAAAGAUUGCGAAGACCCGCUGCCGUUCCGAGUCAAGACGCUCGCCCAGAUUCGACAAGAAAAGGCCGUUGCCGCUGUUGUGACAAGCACGGAAGAGCUGGACGUUUCGAUGGCAGUUGAUUCGGAGCGACUACAAGAGGAAAGGCUGCUCAAGCGCAUCCUGGGUGUAGCAGAAGUCUACACUGGCGCCUUGGAGACGGAGAAGUUAAAUGUUGCUGAAAAAGUCGUGGACCUGCGACAGAAGCUCGCCAAAAAAAGAAAGCAAGAAAAUUCGGAUGACGUCGACCGUGUAGAAAGGAAGCGAGGGAAAUCCGAGGAGGUGAAGCCAGUGGCUCCCAUUCGCAUCAAGCGGCCAGACUUCAAGGAAACGAGGCGGACGGUCACCAUCGGCAACCACUCUAUGCGACCACGUAGAGCAACGCUAUCAGUGCCGAAGCAUGCAGUCCUGGAGCAGGAGACCGCCGUCAGUUCGAGCACUCCUGACACUGAGUUGGACGUCGGCGACGUCGUGAGACGCCUGGAUGACUUUCUCGCUGAUGACGACGGUAUCGCAGAGUCGGACGAACUUGACGUCGCCGCAGAUCUGCUGAGUGACUUGGACGGCGUCCUGGACUUGCCGUGACAAUGCCGGGGAAUUCAUGACUGGUUUGGGCUGUGGUGUAGCGCGACGGCCAGUAGGAAUCGCGAACUUUUCGCCGCUUGGCGGCAGUGUUGUCCUACAGCACAACACGAUUGUCGUACUACCGCCCGUGUGCGCCACUUGCCAGAUUUUUUUUUUUCACUGAAGAAGAUGAAGAAAUUAAGUGCCAUAAUAGGAUUGCUCAAGCUACCGAGUCAAAAUGUACAAAAACGGAUUCAAGGAAUCUCCAAUAACUUUUGGAACUCUACAGAGCCGAACAAGGAACUGAAAUUAUCGCGACUUGGCUAUCUUUUGAAGUAUUUUUUUCCUUUGUGUUGUUUUUUCCUUAGCAUGCGCUUAGCAGUUUUCAAGCGUCGGCUUUUUGUAGCAUAACAGUCCGUUGUAUUUUUUGUUGUUUUUUACAUCUGGUACACACAUGUAUAUAAGCACAUAUGUCACAAUGUCCCAUUGUGUGUGUGAGGCUGUCAGGGUGCCUGCGGGCCUUUGUGCAUGCUUGUUGUGUAUAGUCGUUAAUGUAUGUUGGUGAGCAUUUUUGCUCACGUGAUGGGUCAGACGUAUAUUUCCUGGUUUCUAGGAAACUUAAACGGUCUGUUUUGUCCGUAUGGCGAAACUAUAACCGUCUCCUAAUUGUACAGUGUUCAAGUUACAUAGCGUGAAAACGGUCGCGUGCCGACUGCAAAUUUUGUUUGAUCUAUUAUCGUGUGUCGUGCUCAUUGCAAAAAAGCAACUGUCACUGAACUGAACGCGUCAGGUAUUGAACCUGAAAAUUAUUUUUUCCGCAAAUGUUAGGCAAAGGUGAACGAUCGAGUUGAACUUUUUGAACUUUUUUGCACCUUUAUUAGGUGCGGUUCCGAAGUUGAAACAACGCACGUGCAAUCGUCGAAGCGCACACCCGUGUUAUUUCCUGCUAUUAUAUUUGUGUUACAUGCAGAGAUAUGCGUUUCACGGUGUGAAGGUUGUGCCUCGUUCGGGUUAUUUUGGUCCCUUGAUAGACCUUGUUCAUACUUGUUGUCUUCACUGGAUAGAUACAUUUUCUUCUUUUUUUUUUCUUUCUUGUCUGCUGGAUUCUCACGAAUGUCCUCUUCAGUUGAACACGUUUGCGUGUUUCGCCCCGAGUCUUCGUUUUGAAUCGAGCAAAGAGCUUCACACGGCGUAGAUUAAGCUCGAUGGGUUUCUUUAUUGUGUACAAAUAAAUUACACAGUGCGCA